AUUCCCUCCCUUCUCCCCCCGCGCGCCGCGCGCCAUGGGCCAUGGCAGACCUCUACGGGGUGCUGGGCGUCGCGCCCGCGGCCUCGGCGGCCGAGGUGCGGAGCGCCUACCGGAGGCUGGCGCUGCGCACGCACCCGGACAAGGGUGGCUCGUCCGAGGCCUUCCGGAGGGUGCUGCGCGCUUUCGAGGUGCUGUCGAGCACGCGGGCGCGAGCCGCCUACGACACGAGGAGGUCGGGCCUGGCUGCUGCCGCCAGGGCAUGCCGGCCAGGCAGGCGUCGCCCAGGGGCACAGCCACAGACUGGCCGCCCAGACGCUGCCCCCAGUGCUGGGGAUGGCGCCGGCGACAUCACCUGA